AUGCGGUCCAGUUAUACAUCUGCCAUGCCAAGAUUGGAUGUUACUGAGGUUGGAAGUGAAGAAAUGGAUACUUGUUACGAGGAGAUGCCGCUUUUGGAUCUCUCCCAGGUUGGAAGUGAAGAGAUGGAUCCUGGUCACCAGGUACCGGAUCAUGAUGGCCUUCGAGAAGAUGAAAUACCUUGUGUUGGAAUGCGGUUUGAUCAAUUGCAAAUGGCUCACGAAUUCUAUGUGACAUACGCAAAGAAAGUCGGGUUUGCCACUAAGAUACGGACGACAACCUGUGAUAAGCUCACAAAUCAACCCAUUAAUCAAGCUAUUCACUGUAAUAGGGAUGGGUUCCGUGUGUCUCGUGUCAAAGCCUCAACGCGGAAGAAUAGGAUCUCAGCCGCUGGGUGUAAGGCAAGGAUAUACGUGAAGUUUGACAAGGAGGCGCAUGAUUGGGUUUUCUUCAAGGUAGAGCUGAGUCACUCGCACCCAUGUUCAGCGAGGAAAGCGGUGCAUUACCAUGAGUAUAGGCAGCUGACCAUGCAUGCGAAGUGCGUGAUCGAGGAUAAUGAUGAGGCUGGGAUUCGACCAAACAAGACUUUCCUAGCUUUGGCAAAUGAGUCUGGGGGCCCAUCUAAUCUGGGAUACUCAGAAAAGGAUUUACGAAACUAUAUUACAGCUAGGCUCCGAACCAGCAACGUCAACGUUGAUGUCAGAGAGAUGAUGAACUAUUUCAUGAGAAUGAAGGACAUCAAUCCCAACUUCUUCUACGCGGUGAAUUUGGAUGAUGACUGUAAAUUUCGGGGUGCAGUAUGGGUGGAUGCAAGGUGUAGGGCGUCGUUCGAAUAUUAUGGAGAUGUUGUGUCACUUGAUAGCACAUACAGCACAAACAAGCAUGGAUUACCAUUUGCGUCCUUCGUCGGUGUCAACCACCAUGGUAAGUCGACCAUCCUUGGUUGUGCUCUCCUUGGAAAUGAGGAAAUCCCAAGUUAUGAGUGGGUUUUCCGCCAAUGGGUCAAGUGCAUGGGAACUGCUCCACAGCGGAUCAUCACCGAUCAAUGCAAAUCCAUUUUUUGUGCAAUAAAAAAUGUGUUCCCCGAUACACGCCACCGGUGGUGCAUCUGGCACAUUACGAAGAAGUUACCGCACAAGCUUGGAGGUUAUCGCCGGUACAGAGAGUUGUAUGAUGAGUUCAAUGAUAUUGUGUGGAACUCUCGAACCGAGCAGUCAUUUGAGGAUAACUGGUAUGAAUUAAUAGACGAGCACAACUUACAUAACAACACAUGGCUGUCAGACCUCUUUGAUGAUCGACGCAUGUGGGUCCCAAUAUACUUCAAGGGUGAAUUUUGGGCUGCCAUGAGGAGCACGCAAAGGAGUGAGAGCAUGCACUCAUUCUAUGGAAAUUUCUUACACAGUCGGACUAGCUUGGUCCAAUUUGUUCACGAAUAUGACAAUGUGCUUGGAAUUAAGGAGCAAAGGGAACUGGAGGAUGACGCAGCAGACUCGAGGGGGGUUAUCCCUUGUGCAACGACCUCACCUAUGGAGAAACAAUUUCAGCAGGAGUACACUACCUGCAUGUUUAGGGAUGUUCAAAUAGAGUUUGUCAAGAAGGCUAAUUGUAGGGUCUCUGUUGUUGCUGAAGAGGGGCCAGGUGCAUGCAUGAAGGUUGAAGAGGAAAUACUAGUGAAUGAAGCUAUUCUUUGCAUUCCAUACGACGUCCACUUCGAACGAUCCACGCAGGAGGUUCGUUGUGAGUGCAAUCUAUUUGAGAGUUCAGGAGUGUUAUGCUGUCAUUGUCUUGCAGUCUUCCAUUAUUACAAGGUGUAUAAAGUACCUAAUCGAUAUGUUCUCUCUCGUUGGAGUAAGAACAUAAAGCGCAAGCAUACUUAUGUCAAGAGUAGUCACGAUGUCAGCCGGUCGGAUGAGAGUCAUGUUGCAUUCAGGGGACUAUGUGCACACUUCUACAAUGUUGCUCAGGAUUUUGUAAACGAUGACGAAGAAACGGCCUUGCUUCAUGCUGCUCUAGAAGAAACGAGAGCUAAGCUGACUGCUCACCGUGCCAAGAAGAGGUCCGAGAGUGUGGCGGACUCCCACAACAAUAUUGGCUCGACAAGUUUGAAUGUUGCCACAGUGAUGGACAUCCAAGCCCCAUCGAAGGUCAACACAAAGGGCCGCCCAAAGAGUAAGAGGCUCGGCGCUGCCCUGGAGAAGUCAAUUAAAAAAUCUGCCCGGAAGAGAAACAAGCCUGAUCCACCGGUGGUUUGUCCGAAGCCAACUCAAGAUGUAAGAUUCGGUGGUGUUGUAGGCCACGCUGAUCCCGAACAACUUGGUGGCUUCAUAUUAGUUGAACAGGCUGGUUUCAUGGCUAAUCAUAUAGGUUUUGAGUUGCUAUGCAGUUGA